UGGGCCAGUGCGGGAACCAGGUGGGCUGCCGCUUCUGGGACCUGGCGCUGCGGGAGCACGCCGCCGUCAACAAGAAAGGAAUUUAUGAUGAAGCAUUAAGCAGUUUCUUUAGGAACGUGGAUACAAGAAGUGGUGGUGAUGGUCCUGAUAUUUACAAAGGAAAAAUCUGCUCUUUAAAAGCACGAGCACUGUUGAUUGACAUGGAGGAGGGUGUGGUAAAUGAAAUUCUGCAGGGACCAUUGCGGGAUGUGUUUGAUAGCAAGCAGCUUAUCACAGAUGUUUCUGGUUCGGGAAACAACUGGGCUGUGGGUCACAAGCUGUAUGGCUAUCAGUACCAGGAAGACAUUGUGGAAAAGCUGAGGAGAACCGCAGAACAUUGUGACUGUCUACAGUGUUUUUUUAUAAUUCAUUCUAUGGGAGGUGGGACAGGAUCUGGUCUUGGAACUUUUGUACUAAAUUUGCUUGAGGAUGAAUUCCCAGAAGUAUAUAGAUUUGUCACUUCAGUUUAUCCCUCUGGUGAAGAUGAUGUUAUUACUUCUCCAUAUAACAGUGUUCUGGCUAUGAAGGAGCUUAAUGAACAUGCAGACUGUGUGCUACCAAUAGAGAAUGAAUCUCUGUUUGAUAUAGUUAAUAAAAUUCAUCAGAUGAUCAAUUCUGGAAAGCUAGGGUCAACUGUGAAGCAAAACAGCUUGGUAACAUCAAGUGCAGGCAGUGCAAAAACUGUACGAUUCAGCUCUGCUAGGUUUGAAGGUUCCCUUAACAUGGAUCUUAAUGAAAUCAGCAUGAAUUUGGUUCCAUUUCCUCGACUUCACUACUUGGUUUCAAGCUUGACUCCUCUGUAUACAUUGGCUGAUGUUAAUGUACCUUCUAGAAGGUUGGAUCAGAUGUUUUCAGAUGCUUUUAGUAGAGAUCAUCAACUAAUUCAAGCAGAUCCAAAGCAUAGCCUCUACCUUGCCUGUGCACUUCUCGUUCGAGGAAAUGUGCAGGUUUCAGAUCUUCGCAGAAAUAUUGAAAGGUUGAAGCCUUCCCUGCACUUUGUCUCCUGGAAUCAAGAGGGCUGGAAAACUGGUUUGUGUUCAGUACCUCCUGUGGGCCAUUCCCAUUCCCUUUUGGCUUUAGCAAACAACACCUGUGUAAAACCAACUUUUAUUGAACUCAGAGAGAGAUUUAUGAAGCUCUACAAGAAAAAGGCUCACCUUCACCAUUAUCUGCAUAUAGAUGGGAUGGAGCAAAGCUGUUUUUCUGAAGCCAUAUCAUCUUUGUCUGACCUAAUAGAAGAGUACAAUGAACUGGAUGCCACAAAAGGUUGGCCUAGAACAGAUCCAUCAAGACUGAAGAUAGCUGUUUAAAGAAGGAAGAACUGAUUUUCUUUUUUUUUUUUUUUAAAUUUCCCCCAAACAUCCAACCACUUCAGUUAACCAGAAUGAAUUGCAGCAUGCCUAGCUACUGUCA